AUGUUUUUCCUUAAAGACCUGUCGCUGAGCAUAACCCUGCAUCCGUCUUACUUCGGACCGUCUAUGCACUCGUACCUGCGCUCGAAGCUGCUGCAGGACGUGGAAGGCACUUGUUCGGGAGAGUAUGGGUAUAUAAUCUAUGUCAUGGACGGCAUGCGCAUCGACGUCGACCGCGGCCGCGUGAUUCCCGGUAACGGCGGCGCGGAGUUUGUUGUAAAGUACCGGGCGAUUGUCUGGAGACCGUUUAAGGGAGAAGUUGUGGAUUCGGUCGUGACCAGUGUCAACAAUGUCGGCUUCUUUGCUGAUGUUGGUCCUUUGAGCGUGUUUGUGUCUACAAAAUUAAUACCGUCAGAUAUGCGAUUCGAUCCAAACAGCUCUCCACCAGCAUAUGUGUCUGACGACCAGACUAUUGAAAGAGGAAGCCAUGUUCGUCUGAAGAUUGUCGGAACUCGUGUCGAUGUCGGAGAGAUGUUUGCAAUCGGGAGUAUCAAGGAGGACUACUUGGGUGUAUUAUAGACUGUAUACUAAGAAAACAGGUGAGACGGUGAGACGACAACCGGCAAAAAAAGAGAAAAGAGAAGAUCGUUUGAUAUAUAAUUAUGGCAUCGGGGUUUCUACGUUAUAGCUCUGCUCCUGAAAGCUACUACUUUUUACUAAUUUUCAGUUUUAUAUUAUUUUGGAGUUAGAUUGUUUGCAUGUAUAGUAUAUGUUUUGCUUUUGUUCAGUGUUGUUUGUUUGUGCUGUCGUAGAAAAGCUUUGUUUAAUGAAUGAAUUGUGACGCUAUUACAGAUAUGAGUAGAUGUACAUUAGAACAGACUAU